AUUGUCUCUCAAUGGUGGUUUUUCAGCGUAUCGAUUUUUGCAGAGAAAGCGGUAGCAUCAUGCUGAGAGUAAGAUAGCAAUUGGAUUGGCGUUUUAUUUCCUCUGGUAUGCCUUAAGUCAAUAAAAUCCACACGCAAUUUGCUGGCAGAUAACAGACAAAAUUCACGCCCUCCAGAUGUGGGAAGUUCGUGACAUUGAGGGUCUGUUUAAAAUUGGUGACUAAUCUAGGUUCAGGUUGUAGUCUUGAGUAGCCAGUGGUUUGUCCAAAAAUCAAAAUGAAGAGUGGUAUGCUGCCCGGCACGCUAUCACGGGCCAAAAUUUUGCGGGCUUUGUGUCGUUUUUUGCUUUUUUCCGUGAGCGAUCCUUUAUCCUUACUGAACGGUGGUUGCGACCUGGUCGGUCGCGAAGCCUGCAAUGGGUUCGCUUUCGCGCUCCGCGUCACUACCAAUGCCGCGAAGGCCAGACAUGGGAGCACAAGGAGGCUCGCGCAGGCCCAGGACAUGGCUGCUGCUGGUGCUGACGCAGACAAAGUAAACCCGACAGCUGUUUUAUCAUAUUGGACAAGUGUAACUUCUCCUUGGUCGUAUUUCUUUGUCAGGUACAAAGCUUAUGGCAUCCGUCAACUUCUGAGAGCAGUCAGAUCCAUGUAGCUGUAGGUAUUGCUUCGGAACGCUCCGUUGUAAGAAACGAAGAGGACACGAGCCCGAUGAUUUCUCUCAAAUGCACCUGGACCUGACUGCACCGCCUACUUGUUUGAUUGCUGGUGGUGGUGGAGGUGGUGCGCAAGCACAACAAAUUUGAAUGAUUGCAAAGCUGUACAGGAACAGGAGGAGGAGUCGGUGUUGAAUUAUGAUACGCAGAUGGGUACAUCAAACACCUGGCGAAAAAAUACCUGGAGCAUUUUGAUAUCCACCUGCAAGAACUAGAUCAUCAUAGCAUCACCAUGAAAAUAUUUGCGACGCGAGUAUGCUUGCGUCCAUGAUUUUCUGAACGUAUCAAUAUGAUGUCCGGCUGGAAACAAAUUGUAAUUGAGCAUUGUCAUUGCAAUGGAAAAUAAAUCAAGUUUUAUGGUGGUGCUGCUCAUGGAUUUUUGUCCACCCUUGGAUAUUCGGGACGAUAUCGCCAGCGGACGCUCCGCACCCAUAUUGGAACAAGUAGCCAAGCCUAGAUGGCGGGUCGAUGACGAGUUGCUACAAGUCACACGACGAAAAAAGAAAUUACGGCCUAGCAUCUGUGCAGUUGCGGGAUGCAGCUAGCAGUCUGCAUGGUGCUAACGCAGCGCUUUCUUUUCCACUCUUUCACCUUCAGCAGCGUCCACGCUAUAUGUUGAUAAUUGCAUAUGACGCAUUAUGUUAUUGGA